GACCAAGAAUCUGCUGGGACAGCACGUAGAGAUCAAUGCUAUGCCUGUCUGGGACACUGAAUAGGCAAGCAGGGAGGAAUUUUCCAGGCCUAAAUCCAUCUCCUACCAGCAACAACCCUUUUUCCAAGUUUGGAAAAUACUGGAAGACUGGAAAUUGCAACAGCAUGAAAGAGAAAGCAGGAGAGAACAAGGAAGAGGGGAAAGGUGACACCAUGUCUGUGAUAUAUAGCGAGGUGGCUGCUGAUGAGCCAACUACCAACAGCUUCUGGAUGCCCAAUCACUACCAGAGCACAGUAAAACGUCUGGAUGAUGGGUACCGUGUCUGUGACCAGAUUGUAGCCUGUUUCCAGGAACGGGCAAAGAUUGAACGUAACUAUGCUUUGAUGAUGGAAGAAUGGACUCGCAAGUGGAGGCCCCUUGUUGAUGCAAGCCCAGCAUAUGGUUCCCUACUCCGGGCAUGGCAAGCUUUUCUGGGGGCUUCCGAGCAGUUGAGCCGACUACAUAUGGAGAUGCAAAGGACUUUGGUCUCUGAGGAUGCUGGGCGUAUUCGAGCUUGGCAGCAUGACUCCUAUCACCGCAAGCUCUUUGGGGGCUUCAAGGAGGCUUGUGAGCUAGAAAAUGGUUUCCAGCGGGCUCAGAAACCCUGGACUAAGAAGCUCAAGAAGACUGAGAAGGCCAAAACUCUGUAUCACAAGGCCUGUCGCAAAGGGCACAUUGCAACGCUGCGGGAGAGUGGAAUUCAGGCAGCAUCAGGGGCUGAAGUAUCUCCAGAUCGGCAACGUGCUCUGCGGGAAGAACAUCAACGUUGUAGCCAAGAAACCAACAAGGUGCGGGAACGCUACGAGAAGGCCCUGCAGGAGCUCGACCGCUGCAGCCCCCGCUACAUGGAAGAAAUGGAGUCUGUGUUUGAGCAGGGGCAGGCUCUGGAGCAGAGGCGGAUUAUCUUCCUCAAGAGUGCUUUCCUUGCCCUGCAUCGGCGCCUUGACAUCACUGCAGAUUCCAGUGUCCAAGCUGUUUAUAGUGACUUGCAUCAGGCCAUCGAGGAGAUAAAUGACCAAGAGGACCUUAAGUGGUGGCGUAAUCGACAUGGACCAGGAAUGGCCAUGAACUGGCCAAAAUUUGAGGCUUGGAGUCCUGAUCAUGAGCGGCCACAAGUAAAGGUCAAGAAAACUAAAGAACCAGAGAAAGUGACACCCUGCAGCAUCUCUCCCUCCCAGAGCUGUCCCAAGCCAGCACCUGUGCCAAUAGCAGGCCAGCGGGUCCGUGCUGUGUAUGACUAUAUUGGCCAAGAAGCAGAUGAGCUAAGUUUCAAGGCAGGAGAACUUCUUACCAAGCUGGAAGAUGAGGACGAACAAGGCUGGUGCAAGGGAGUGACUGACAGUGGACAUGUGGGCCUCUACCCUGCCAACUACGUGGAACCCAUACAGUGCUAGAUAGAACGGGCAAAACCAGGGGGACUUACCAGGUCAAUAAAAUUACGUCUAGGUAUAGUUUGCCUUUCUGAGAUCCCAUUAUCCAAUACAGAAUGAUGCAAAAUUCAGUUCCUUCAGAGAUUCAGUUGCAUUUUGAUAGUCAUGCAAGUUUCCAGUCUAUGCAGGUGCAAAGUUCAUCCUGAAAACUGUGUGGGAAAUGCUGGUGAAAUCUCAGAAGCUGCAGUGGGUUGGUGGGUGGGGCCACAUAGAACCUGACAUGGGCGGUUCUGGCUUCAGCAUUCUGCCCAGCUUUUUGCCCCUCCCUUUAGUUGUAGAAUAAAUGAAUGCAAAACAAGCCCUCCAAAACUCUAUUUACAUUAUGUAUUUGCAGAAAGGUAGCCUUUUCUCUUUCUGAAGUGGCACAAAUUGGUGCAUAGCCCUGAAUAUUAAAGACCCAGAAACAACGAUGUGUAAAGAUGUGUCCCCCAGACAGAUUCCUCCACAUAUGCACUUGUAACCAAACACAAACAUACACUCACAUAGAGUACAUCAACUGGACACAUACAUCUGGUCUGAUUUACAGCUUUGCGUGCCUGCAGAUUUCUAUGUGCUUACGUAGUUGUUUACCCUUUCUUCCCGUGUCUCUGACGCACAAACAAAUCAUGGUGCCUUUAAGCUCUCCUUUGUGCACCACAGAGACAGAAAGCACCCUGCCCUGAAGGGCUGGUCAAACUUCACAAGAAGCACAACAAGAAAGAUGUCUCACACUCCCACAAAUUCUCUUUAGUCACAUCUUAAAUCCAAAGAUCUGCCACACAUGAGAUGGAUGUACAUUUGAAAAUUGCCCACACACGGCAAGUUAGUGAAGAAUGGGAAGUUUGUAGGCCCCAACCACACCGUUGUUUCAACACAUGCCUGGAUGACUGAUAUUUGGGGGAAAAAAACUUUAGAGAGGCAACUGCACUCCACCUAUUGAGGUGUACUCCAUCCAUCAAAGUGUGAAAACAAGGCUGAGACAAAGAAGAUGAAUUUGUGAACAUCAGUUGUUUUUUAAAAAAAGUAGAUAUUUUAGCAUCUGUGGAUUUUGGAAACUAAAUAAAUAAAUAAAUAAGCAUGGUG